AUGGCUGACAAUCAACUUCCUGAAAAAGAGUUGCAAGUACUCGUGGCUGCUUCUAAGCUCAGCGAAGAAGAGGAAUGUCCAUCACGUAAAUUGAACAAAGAUCAACUCACCAAACUUUUCAAAAAAGUGGUCGAUGAUAGCGAUGAAAAUUUCUUAGCUGAGAUUGAUCGAUCAGGUGAUGGACAAAUAAGCUAUGAUGAGUUGGUAUCGUUUCUUGAUUUAUCUUCCAAACUACUGUCACCAGAGAUUGCCGAGGAAUCGGAUCCAAAAGGGAUGGCACACGAUCUCUUUGGUCUGUUUGGUGUUGAUAAAGCAGAAAAAAUUAAUAAGACACAAUUUGUAAAUGGAUGCAAAAAAAAUGCUGGUCUUAAGGCUAUAUUCGCAUACGAGUGA